UUGAUGACUUACAAUCUAUUCUUGUUGACUUCCUUCCUGAACUUCAACAAAAAUUUAAUCUAGACUUUGUUCAAGUUGAACCUUUAAUGUCCAACCUUCGUUGGCGCAUCGAAAACCAAGUGGACAAUCUCUCUAUCCAGGAUAUUAAUCAAGAUUUUAUCGAAAGAGGCCUUUUCUUUUUUCAUAAAACUGAUAAAUUCAACCGUCCUUGUGCCAUUCUCAAUUUACGUGAAUACGUUCGUGAGGAUGGUUCACCUACCAUCGAAGAAGUAAAGAAAUAUAUCAUUUUCAAUGCUGAGGUGGCUAGAAGAUUGUUGUUGGAUAGGUCCAAAGAAUCAAGGGAUGGUCCAAUCCUACAAUAUGUUAUUUUGUUGGACUUAAAAGGUGCUGGAGUUGCUGCUCUGAGCCUUGAUAUACUCCGCUUUACAACUGAACUUUUUCGUCACCAUUUUCCCGGUUCUACUGGUGCCA